AUGGUCGAGGUCGUAGGACGUAUUCCUGACCAUCUCCUUAGCGCCAGCAAAAACACUCACAAAUAUUUCAAGAGGAGCAACAGAGACAUUGACGGCGAUCACCCAAAGUGGCGACUGAUGACGGAGAAGGAGUACCAGGACAAAACCGGCGUCCGUCCUGAUGCAUUGCCGUGGUCUUUCAAAUGUUUGGACGACCUGAUCAAACUUAACCCGCAGGUGAACGAGCCCAUUGAGUUGGAGGACCGUAAGGCCUUUGUGGACCUCCUCGCGUGUCUUCUCCAUAUGGACCCUGAGCGGAGGAUCACCCCUGAGGAGGCUCUUAAGCACCCCUUCCUGACCAUGAGCCACCUGAGUGAGCACCGUAACAGCAGCUUAUAUGUGGCGGACAGCUUUGACAAGAUGAAAUUCUGCCCAGCCAAUUACUUCCAGAAGGACCCCACUGACCCUAAACCUGACGUGGGUCUUAUCACCAACCCAAAGAACUGGCGGCAAAAGUUCUGUCAACUUUUCAGGACUAAAAAAAGGACAGAUGAACCUGUUCCGCAUGUCAAGCUGAAGACCUGGUUGCAGAACCUCUGUCAGACCAACAGCAGUCCUGAUCCGCCGGCACAAGGUCUCGGUUCCCCUGGUCUAUGUCCACGGCAGCAGUCCAAAAAAACCUGGUGCAAAACAAUCCGGCACUUCUUUAGAAGGAACCAGAUCGGUCCAGAACUGGAACACCAAAGCCACAUCAAACCAGACCACAACAACAAGUGUGCCGGGGCUAACCAGUCAACACAAGUUAAAAAGGACGAGUCAUCAAAUGUUAAAAAGGACGAGUCACAGAGAGAUAAAAAGGACGAGUCGGCAGCAGCAAAAAAAAGGGCCAAAGUUGACUUGAAGACAACUCGGGUGGCGACUAAAAGGCGCAGGGACAUGACCUUCGACAUGAACUACCUCAACUACCUGCGCUCGGACGUCGACCAGAAACCCAGAAAGUCCGACACUUUGGAGAACCUCUGACCUCAGCUACCUCUCAGAUGAGAUCACCUUGACCUCGCCUACCUCAUCAUUUGCACAAGCGACCGACGGAACGCCCUAGACUGUUCUGUUGCAGGACUUGUUUCUCAAGGAGCACUUUAUUGGACCAAAGCAAGUUUACCUCAAAGCACAGGUUCAAGAAUACACAAUGGGUAUAGAACCAGUCUAGCACCUUUAGAACCAAUGUUGUACCAGUUUAGAACCUACACAGUAUAUUAUUAUUAUAUAAUUAUAAUUAGGUGCGGCUAAGUUGGGUCUACAUGGACUCUUAUCUUGGUUCUAAUUGCCGGUUUUAAUGACGCA